UGAAAAUUUGACAUAGUAAUGAAAUCUUUACAACUCAAAACAUAUUCAGAACAGUCAUAGGUUUUAUAGAUCUACAGUGAUGACAGCAGUUAGGACAAUUUCAUUUAUUUCAUACACAAUAAGUGCUAGAUAUGUGAUAGACAUGAUCAGAAAAUCAGACUGGGGAAGGUAUGGUCUUUGCUUUUCAAGGGCUAAACUAAGAAAUUGGCAGUGGAGGAGAGGAAAGGAAGAAUUCAAGCAAUAAGGAGGCAGAAUCUGGAUAAUGUGGUAAUUGAUGGAAUGUAGGAACUUGAAUUUAUUUGGGUGGAUGUAGUGCCAUAAUUAAGAACACAUAAAGUUGACUGAUUCUGUGGGUCAGUGAUAAGUUCAGUCUAGGGGAUUUUAAACAAUCUGUAGGUAUCCAAGUGAAGAUCCUGACAGACUAAAAUAACUAGCAGGGUGGUGAUGAAGGAUACUCUGAGCAUACUGUCAUCAAACGGGGUAAGUGGAGGAAGUAGAACCAGUAGGAGCUAAGAGGAAACAACAGCCAAAAGAAAAAUGAAAAACAGAAGGAAAAAUUAGAAGAUGGUGGCACAGAAGUAAAAGAAUUUUGUGUAGGGUAAGAAUAGUUAAUAUUUUCAAAUGCUUUGGGGGGUUAAAGUAAGAUAAAAAUAGAAAACGACCUUUGGCUUUGGUUAUUGAUAACCUGUUAAAUAUUAGUAGGCUGGAGAGUGAAAAGGACUUAGUAUCUUGACUGAGAAAGACAUUUAGAAAGAUAACUAGAGGGAGAUUGGGUUGAGAGAGUAUAUCUAUCAGAAGAGCUUUUUGGCUACAAAUACUAGAAAGCCCAGUUAACAAUCCUUACAGGCAAACAGGGAUUUUUUUUCCUCACAUAACAAAUCUGGAAGUAGGCUGGCAUUGUUUCAAAGACAAAAUUAAUUCAAUGCCUUGAGUUUCAUGGCUUUUCCAUCAGGGUUAUAUGAUGGCUGUUCUGCUUCAAGUAAAACAUCUGCAUUUAAGGCAGGAAGAAAGGGUAUGGGAAGCACCAGCAACAUCUGUGCCUUUUGUCAGGUUUUCCCAGAAGCCCCUCAGCAGACUUCGGCUUACAUUUCAUUGACCACAGCUGUGUUAUAUGGAGGCCAGUCGCAAAGGAGGCUGAGAAAAUACUCUUCCAGCCUCCAAAGUGGAGGUAGGCAAAGAAAAGGAGGUUGGAGAAAAGUGUUGAUUUAGCCAAUGAAUAGUCUGCCAAGAGUGGGUUUACAUGAUCACUGAAAAGAAGAGGUAUGGGAGAGUCAAAGGUGCAGAAAGGAGGGGAUGGGCAGCUCAAAGUGGGAAAACAAGAUUGGGGCAGAGGUAGAAGCUAUAGAAAUGUUUUUCAACCUUUUUCAGAAGGAAGGAAACUUUUCACUGGGAGAGGUGGGAAUCAAGAAAUGAUGGGUGCAGAAGAUGUUUGUGGGUGACAAUGGAGGAGGUUCGCUAUGGAUGCUGAAUCCUUGGGCAGUUCAGUCUUUUUGGGCUAUGUGACCUCUACAGUCUAACUCUUAGAACAAAGACAAAGGGGGACUGAAACACUAACCUGUAUCCUCUGAAACUCAGAUCUUUAAUAUUUGUCCCUUACACUUCGUUUCCUCCUUUUCCCUUCACUUAUUUCUUUUUCUAAAGGAGGCAGAGAAGAGAUGAGUAGAAAAUAGAUGAAGAUGAUAAAGACAGCAGCAAAACAAAGGGUCAGAAGGAGGCACGGGACAAGGGGGAGAGGAAGAAUGAAGUGUAUUGAAGCCUAAGAUGGAUGCACUAGUUCAAAACGUGGUAAAAUAUUAACUUUUAGAGGAAGCAGCUGGAGAAAUGGGUCAGCCAAAUGGAGGUCUCGCUACUUUUUCAGGAGUUUUGGAAGUCUCAGGCCCUCAGUCAUGCUGGGCAGCCAGUAAGGAGGACAGCCUUUGGACCUCUCCUCUAUCAUCAGGGGCAGGACUCCCGGUUCCACUUACUGGGCAUGAGAGCUUGGGCAAGACACUUAACAUCUCCAUGCUUCACUUAUUUGCUAGCAGUGCAAACUCCAUAGCUUUGGAUUACAUUAGAUACUGAUGUAAAGUGCCCAACAUAUUGAGAACAUAGUUCUCAAUAAAUCUAUGAUUAUCAUCCUCAUAUACCUGAAAACAAAAUAACAUUCAGACUCCUUAGCAUGGCAUCGAGAAAAUUAUCUUAGAAUCACUAGACUCAAAACAAAUGCCUUGUAGAAAGGUUAUAUAACUGUGGGAGGCUGUCCCUCCCUGGGUCAGUUGUAACAGCCUCCUAACUAGUUUCCCUGUAUUUGCGUUCUAGCCUCACCACAGUCUCUUCUCCCUACAGCUGACCAGAGAUUCUUUCAAAAUGUGCUCAGCCACAUCACUCUUGCACAGACUCCUUCAAUGGCUUCCCAUCACACAUAGAACAAAUCCAAAGAUCUUGGAUGGACUUCAAGGUCUCUAGUACCCUUCAAACUACCUCUCCAACUCUCCCUUGUUCACUCUACGCCCUCUCCAGUCCCGUUAGCCUUGCAAAGCCUCAGGCCCACCAAGCACACUUCUGUCUCUGGACAUCGCUGUCCCCUCCCCCUUGGACGGCUCUUCCCCAGAUAGUCACAUGGUUUCCUCUCUCGCGGUAUUCACAUCUCUGCUCAAAUGUUACUUCCUCAAAGAGAAUUUCCCAAGACACUACUUAAAAUAAUCCCAGUCCCCACCCCACUGUCACAGGUUCACUGCGUCGUCGCUACCUGGUAAGUAUUUUUCUGUUUUUUUUGACUACUUCCUCUCGACUCCAACCUGCGUUAAGUGCAGGUUUUCGCUGCUCUUUCCCCAGCCCCUAGAGCAGUGCCUGACGCACAAGUGCUCCAGAAGUGUCAAGAGGAUGGAACCUUCCAUAAAGCCCCAAACAAGAUCCUGUGGUGUCACACAAGUCACUGACACUGCUUCCUAAGAGGUGGCCGACAGUUUCCCAAAUGACAAACCCCAGGUCACAUUUUUGGCGCCGUUUAAUUCACCACCGACAACGUUAAAACCUCCUCUUUCCAUCCCAAGCUCAGUGGAAAAGCGUAUUCAAAGGCAACGAAAUAUCUGCAAUGGGAUUUUCUAUCCAUCACCUCAUCCCUGCCCGCCCCCACAGACAUAACCCCCACCCCGGCGUCCGACACCGUCUCUUCGGCCUCUGGCUCCUUCCUUCCCCGACGAGUCGCUGACACCCAGGUCGGCUCUACCUCCUCGGCGUUUCUCCCGCGCUACCGCCCGGGUCCCAACCACCGUCCAAGGCAGCUGGCCCCGCAUCCCGCCUGCCGCCCCUACCGCGCCCCGGCCCGGUCCCCGGGGCGCAGUCCCGCCGCUUCCUCAAGUCGUCUCCGCGCGGUCCUCCUCCAGGAGGACGACUUUGCGGCUCCUCACCUCCUACUCCAUCCUUGGGGACCGUCCCCGACCCGCUCCCCGCGACCGACCUACUUUAGCCCGUCGUCAACUUCUCGCUGUCUUUACGUUCCAGAGCGUUCAGAGAUGAAGCGGACGCUGACUAGAACAGAACCAAAGUCGCACGGACAGGGUAGCGCACAGGGAAUAGCUGCGCUAAGGAACCGUGACGCCCUCCGCCGUGGCCCCUGGGAAAUGUAGUUUCAGCACUGAAAGCUGCCAGUCGUGGUGUUGAAGGGCGAGGCCGUGUCUGCGCAAGCGCGCAAUAUCAGUUUCUGCGCUGGCCGCCGCUUCGCCCUCUGGGAAGUGGAGUCUGGGAAGCCAGAAGGCAGCAAGCAGCCCUCUGACUUGCGGGUGUUCGGCUCCGCAGCUCCCCGGGCAACGCGCAAGCGCAGUUCCGACCCGGGCUGCCAACUCCAGCUCAUUGUGUUCCGCCUGCGAUGUGGCGGUUGCGGUUUCUCGCCACGGGCAGUGGCUCUUCAAAGGGCAAUCCGGUGGUGACCAGGUGUGUAGAAAUUUCUCGCUUAAGUCCCACUCUGCCAGUCCCUAAAAGGGCUUAUCAGAGAAGGAAUGGCUGUCAGGCGCCUGCCAACCAUGGUCCAGGAAUCAGUGACCUUCAAGGACGUGGUCGUGCUCUUCACCCAGGACGAGUGGGCACAGCUGAGCCCCACUCAGAGGGCCCUGUACAGGGAUGUGAUGCUGGAGAACUACAGCAACCUGGUCUCGCUGGGACUCUUAGGACCCCAACCAGAUGUGUUGUCCCAGCUGGGAAAAGGAGAAGAGUGGAUGCUGGAGGACACCUCGGCAGGCUUCUGUCUUGACUGGAUGACUAUGCCUGUGAGUAAGAAAUCUACUCCCAAGGCAGAUAUUCCUGGAGAAGACUUGGAUCGGUGGAUGGUAAAGGAAAGAUUUACUAGAGACAGUCACUGGAAAUAUGAUGGCCUGCUGGAAUGGCAGCAUGGAGGCCAGGUGGCUGUCACUCACCAGAAAACCCCCUCUGUGCUCAGUGACCAGGGAGGUGAUGAGCCUGGGAAGCACUGCACCGAGAGCUCAUCUUUUGUUCCAAGUCAGGGAUUGCAAUCUAGCAAAAAAGUCUUUGAGUGUAGAGAGUGUGGAAAAGUCUUCACUAAGAGUUCGACCCUUAAUAAACAUCAGAAAGUUCAUACUGAAAAACUUAAUGCAAAUCGGAAAACUGUUAUUAAAGAGAAACGAUAUGAAUGUAGAGAAUGUGGGAAAGCCUUUCACCAGAGUACACACCUCAUCCAUCACCAAAGAAUUCACACUGGCGAGAAACCGUACGAAUGUAAGGAAUGUGGCAAGGCCUUCUCGGUGAGCUCCUCGCUUACUUAUCAUCAGAAAAUUCACACCGGAGAGAAACCUUUUGAAUGCAACUUAUGCGGAAAAGCUUUUAUCCGAAAUAUACACCUUGCACACCAUCACAGAAUACACACUGGAGAGAAACCUUUUAAAUGUAAUGUAUGUGACAAAGCCUUUGUAUGCAGGGCACAUCUUACCAAACACCAGAAUAUUCACAGUGGAGAGAAACCCUAUAAAUGUAACGAGUGUGGGAAAGCCUUCAAUCAGAGUACAAGUUUUCUUCAGCAUCAAAGAAUUCACACUGGAGAGAAGCCCUUUGAAUGUAAUGAAUGUGGAAAGGCCUUCAGGGUGAACUCUUCCCUUACCGAGCAUCAGAGAAUUCAUACUGGAGAGAAACCUUAUAAGUGUAAUGAAUGUGGGAAAGCUUUCAGGGAUAACUCAUCAUUUGCUCGACAUCGGAAAAUUCAUACUGGAGAGAAACCUUACAGGUGUGGUUUGUGCGAGAAAGCCUUCAGGGACCAAUCCGCCCUAGCCCAACAUCAGAGAAUUCAUACUGGGGAAAAACCAUACACAUGUAAUAUAUGUGAGAAAGCCUUCAGUGACCAUUCGGCCCUUACUCAACAUAAGAGAAUCCACACUAGAGAAAAACCUUACAAAUGUAAAAUCUGUGGGAAAGCCUUUAUUCGAAGCACACACCUUACUCAACAUCAGAGGAUUCACACGGGAGAGAAGCCCUAUAAAUGUAAUAAAUGUGGGAAAGCUUUCAACCAGACUGCAAACCUCAUUCAGCAUCAGAGACAUCAUAUUGGAGAAAAGUGAUAUGACUAUAGUUUAUAUAGCAGAGCUUGGAGACUGAAUAUGUUAAUUAUUGAAUGUACGAGAAUCCAUUCCAGGAAAUAGCCAUGAAAGCUUGCCCGAAGAUGGUCUUUUUAUUCACAUUAUUGUGGGUUUGAGAAUUUAAGAAUGGCAUGCACUCCUAGUUCAGAACUGCCUCUGUUAAAUAGCAGUAGUGUUUUACUGAAUUACUGAAUUGUGAAAUAUAACCAAAAUGAAGCUUCAUUAGCAACACAGAAAUUAGUUUAUCAAAUUUACACUUUGACUAUUAAGAGACACUAUAAAAUGGUAAAAAAAUUUUAGGUCGAGAAGCAAAGGAACCAAAGUAAGAAGAUGGCCUCUAAGCAUUUCACACUACUCAGUUCUCUUAUGUAAGAGGGUUUCUACUUUUAAUGGAACCCUUUUAUUCUCACCAACCCUGAUGAAACCCAGUGUAAGAAAAGUGCAGUCACCCAUGCAUUGGGUCAGGAGUUACUCAAAUUGUUUCCCACCUUCUGCUUCAAACCACCUUUUGUCAGAUCUCUCUGACUUACGUGUCCACUGGCCGCUUAACUGUAUUCUCCUUCCAGUACAACUCUGAAUGGUGUGUCCCUCUUGAUUUACACCUCUUAAGUGGUGACAUCAUGUCAUUUAUUGUCACCCCACUUGCCCUUGGGGAAUAUGGUGAUCUGGCCCCGUACGCAGUCCACAAUUCUGGAUAUUGCACCCAGGCCCAGCUUUCAGAACUUGGGACGCCUGGGAUGCAGAGGUUGAUCAAACUUCUUGAGUUACCCAGUUCCUCUGGGCCUCAGCAUGACUCUGACACUGGGAUGGUAUCUAAAGCAGGGACUAAGUGUAUGGAGACAUUACCUUCAAUUUGUUCCACACUGUAGUUACCCCACACACAGCAGUCAGGGACAAUGCUCCACUUGAGGUGACAAUCCAAUUACCUCGUGGUGGUCUAGGUCACCUCCCCUUCUGUGACUUGCCAUUUCCUGACAUGCAACUGACACAAGAAGUCAGAGCCCCAAAGCCAGUUCUCAAAGGUUGACCCACUGUUCCCUCUUGGCUGGCAGUCCUCUGUGUCCACUGUGUUAGAGUAUCCUGGUCCCUGCCCUUCUAUCCAGUUUUCUGAAGGUAUUGACUUGUGUUCACAAAAAAAAAUCUUUGAAUUUCUGCUUUUGCAUUUGAAAGUGGGCAUUUCCUCUCCAUCUGGGUGUCCCACUGUUUAAAGACUGUCCUGUCCUGACAAUGGUGAGCUACAUGUGGAGUAAUUCCAUGGGUCAAGAAGUGGUCAACAGCAUCAUGGCAGUUUCUGGCAGAGCAUUGUCCAUACCCAAAAGUUUUAGUGAUACUCUGGUCCUGCAGGUACAGUUCCUUUACCUUUAGUGCUAUCAGUAGAAAUCAGAGAUAAAGUAACGUGUGCCUUCAGGCACACAGCUUCUGGUAGCACUGUCCCCUUCCUCACCACGAAGAAUGUGGAGCCCACGUGACUGCAGACUGGAACAUACCACAUCAUGAAGAUGGAAGGGCAAGUCACCUCUUGUUCUGGGAAGCAGAGCGGCAGGUUCUUGAUCUGUGGGGGUGCUCUCCAUCAAGUCAGGCAGCCCACUGGCCCCACAAAGGCUGCACCUCGACUCCCAAGUUACAGAAGAGGAUAGUCUAUAUCCUGGUGGAAUCAGUGGUCUCCCAAGUUGAAAACAGACCCGGAAGCUUCUAGCGGCUUUAAAGCCUAAGUUCUCUAAAUUCAGCUUCUGUUGAAUGAAGGCCACUAGUGUGGGCAAGUGAUCAGUAACUCAUACUUUCUCCCCCAUUAGGCUGCAGGUGAAGCAGCAUUUUAGGAGGUUGCUUGGAGCUAUUUGUACCCUGGGCCACACAUGUUCGUCUACAGCCUCACAGGGCUAGCAAUCCCAAAUUCCACAAUAAACUUGGAAAACUACUCAAAUGCCACAGAUCCCUGCCUUUAGUACUGUCCACAUGGCCUGCCUGGUCUUAAUGAUCAUCCUCUUAAUCCUGGUGGAACAUUGUCCAGCUGGGCCUUUUGUUCAUUUUGUGUGUUCUUAAUGAGAGCUUCUGCCACUUGUCACGUGCCUGCAGCUGAGUCAGGGCCAAGACCUGCUGCCUGCUAAGCGCCUCAUUCCUUCCAGUGACGGCUCCAACUGCUGUUCCUGCACCGGAACCUGUGCAGCCUAAAGGCCCUCGAUCUGAGAUUACUCCCUGCCCUACUUAGUGCUCAGACUUCCCAGCACACCCAUGACUGUGCCAUCACAAGGUAAUGAAUGAGCCAGUCUCCCCAUGCCCUCGCCUGGACUAUAGAAAGAGAGGAGUCAGAGAAGCAGGCCUAGAUCCCACCACCCACGUCAGAGCUCUCCUGGCCUACUGUGGAAGUGCCAGUUCCACUCUGCCCAGAGGGAGUGUUUUUGAGAAGAGGAUUAGCACCUAGGUGUUAAAUUCUUCACUGUCCUGGGCUCCUGUGAACAACCCCUGAAACUGCCAGCUCUUGGGAAAUAAUCGCUCUGAUUUACCCUUUGAAACUCCCCGAAUGAUUUCUUAUCAGGUCUUCCUGUCUCCAGCUCGUAGAUUUUGCACCUGGGUUCUCCCUCCCCACCUGAGUUGGCCUAGUUCCGUUAGCAGUGUCUGCCCAAGACGUUGCUUUCCUCCUUACUCAGCAACUGCUUCUAGAGGGAAUGGGGCCUUGCUUCUCAGCAGAUUCAGGCUUCCAGGUUACUGUGCCUGAGCCUUGGAGUCUUGGAACAAAACAGCCCUAACUGCAUGUGUCUUUGGUUGAGAAAGCAACUUAAUUCCUUUAAACAUGAAUUUAGUCUAAGAGUGCAUAGCCUCCAGCUGUCUUCAUUCCUCUCCUUUCCUGCCUUAUCUCCUUGGUACUCUGUCCUACUGGAUUAGCCAGCAAGGCAAUGUAGAAACAAAACACUCCACCCUGCUCUAGCCCACAGUAGGAGGGGUCCCAGCUUCCUGGCCCACCUCAACUCCUGCCAAAUAUAUUUUUGGUAAUAUUUUUGCUUUUAGUAUUUUUAUACCAGUUCAUGAAGGGAGGAGAAAACACAAGGUUUGAUUGUUUCCUGUCACCCACAAACGUCUCCAUUGUGUUCAUAAUGGUCAUCCUUGGCAAGUGCCAGGAUUUGGUCGUUGGGGAGUGUGCUUCCCCAUUCUGUGUGCUGCCCUGUCUACCGCCCCUCACCAUUCUUAAAAACUGUUGCCAUAGAACAUGUCUUUCUGAAAAUAAAUGAGAAAAAUACACAGUG